GGAGGAGAGAUGGCCUCGGUGGGUCCCUCCGCAGCCCCCACGCAGCCCGCUCUGCCCUCCGGACCCGCCGUCUUCAAAACCAUCCCCUACGCCUUCAUCCUGCCGGAGAUCCUCUGUGGGACCUGGGUGUGGAUCCUCAUCGCUGCUACCUCAGUCUCCUUGCCAUUGCUGCAGGGAUGGGUGAUGUACGUGUCCCUCACCUCCUGCCUCAUCUCCCUGCUGCUCCUCUUAAGCUACCUCCUCGGCUUCCACAGGAACAGCGAGAACUGGAAAGUGCUGGACAGUUUGUACCAUGGCACCACAGCCAUUCUGUACAUGAGUGCCGCUGUCCUGCAGGCCAAUGCGACCAUCAACUCUGAGUUCGGCGACAAUGCACCACUCAACUACCAACUCAACAGCGCUGCAUCGUUCUUUGCCUUCCUCACGACCUUCCUGUACAUCCUCCAUGCCUUCAGCAUCUACUACCAGUGA